AUGACUGUUCCUGUGCUGUGCCCAAGGCGUGUCAGAAGCGCCUACUCUGCAGUGAACUUGGACUUUACUGGAUCGGACGUGAAGGUGCAUCCCAGGCAGCCUAUACUCUCGGUCCCUGGGCUCAGAAGGAAGAUCAAAGCAGAGGGCGAGCGCGGUGGAGUGGGCGUCCAGCUGGAGCCCAAGCCUGCCAGCUCGCCCCCAAUCCGCUGCGGUGGGCGACAGAGACCCUCCAUCGGCCCACACGGCGCCCUGGCCAGGCGAGGCGAGGCGAGGGGUCGCGCGGCGUCCGCGGUAGGGCGGGCUGCUCGGGGCGGCGACGGCGGCUGGCGAGCCGGGCGGUUCGGGGCUCGGGCCGUGGGGCGGGCGGCGGGCGCGGGGCCUUCCGGGGCUGACGCGAGGCCUCCGCGCCCUCCCGCCGUCCCUCAGGGCAGCGCGACGGGAGGCGCCAUGGAGCGGGGCUGCAGCCCGCGCCCGCCCAUCCGCCCGCCGCCGCCGAGCGAGCGCCGCGUGCUGGCCGCCGUCUUCCUGGGCCUCCUGCUGGACCUCCUGGCCUUCACCCUGCUGCUGCCGCUGCUGCCGCGCCUGCUGGAGGGACACGGCCGCGCCCACGACCCGCUCUACGGCUCCUGGCACCGCGCCGUGGACUGGCUCGCCGCGGCCAUCGGGAUGCCCGCCCAGGGCAGGUACCACACCGUGCUCUUCGGAGGGCUCGUCGGCUCCGUCUUCUCCGGCCUGCAGUUCCUCUGCGCGCCGCUCACCGGCGCCGUCUCUGACCGCCUGGGCAGGCGCCCCGUGAUGCUGCUGUCGCUGACAGGAGUGGCCGCGUCCUACGGCGUGUGGGUGUCCUCCCGGAGCUUCGCGGCGUUCCUGGCGUCCCGCGUGCUCGGGGGCAUCAGCAAGGGCAACGUCAGCCUCUCCACGGCCAUCGUGGCGGACCUGGGCGCCCCCGCGGCCCGCAGCCGAGGCAUGGUGGCCAUCGGCGUGGCCUUCUCGCUGGGCUUCACGCUGGGCCCCAUGCUGGGCGCCUCCCUGCCGGCCCACCUGGCCCCGUGGCUGGCGCUGCUCUUGGCCGCCUCAGACCUGCUCUUCGUCUUCUGCUUCCUGCCGGAGACGCUGCCCCCAGAGAAGCGGGCUCCCUCCAUGGCCCUGGGCUUCCAGGCUGCUGCCGACCUGCUCAGCCCCCUGGCCCUGCUGCGCUUCUCAGCCGUGGCUCGCGGUCAGGACUCCACUGUUGCACAGGAGCUCAGCAGCCUGCGGCGCCUGGGCCUCGUCUACUUCCUCUACCUCUUCCUCUUCUCCGGCCUGGAGUUCACACUGAGCUUCCUGGCACACGAGCGCUUCCAGUUCAGCAGCCUGCAGCAGGGCAAGAUGUUCUUCUUCAUUGGCCUCACCAUGGCGGUUGUGCAGGGCACCUACACCCGGGGCAUCUGUCCUGGCAGGGAGCCGAGAGCCAUAAGCCAGGCCAUUCUGCUGCUAGUGCCCGCCUUCCUCCUCAUUGGCUGGGGUCGUUCCCUGCCUGCGCUGGGCCUGGGGCUGCUGCUCUACUCCUUCGCCGCUGCCGUAGUGGUACCAUGCCUGUCCUCAGUGGUCGCCAGCUAUGGCUCGCCUGCACAGAAGGGCACAGUCAUGGGCACUCUUCGGAGCCUGGGGGCCCUAGCCAGGACACUGGGGCCCAUGGUGGCCGCCUCUGUGUACUGGCUGGCCGGGGACCGAGCUUGCUUCACAGUGUGGUCAGGGCUCUUCCUGCUCCCCUUCCUCAUCCUUCGGAAUCUGAGGCCAUCAACUCCAGCCAAAGCCCAGUAGGCAGCACUCCACCCAGGCCAGGGGGGGGUGUGUGUGUGUGAAGGUAGGAAAACGUGGCAGGCUUGGCUACUGUCCUAGGGAGGCCCAGCCCCAGGCCUGCCUCCAGCCUCCUUCCGCCUGUUCUGUGUAUGAUCGGUGGAGCCAGCGCAGCCCUUGUACCUCCCGACCUUCCCUCAGCACCCAACCCACAUUCUUACACACCUCAGUUUACCUCCCCACAUCUAUAUCAA